AUGGCUCAGAACCCUCUCAAGAUCGGCUAUGUGCCGGAGCAUUUCUCGACGCCCUUGUACUUUGCCAAGGCCCAUUUCGGCCUUGAUGCCGAGCUGGUCCCCUUCCCGUCCGGAACGGGUCACAUGAUUACUUCCAUCCGCUCGGGGGAGAUCGACGUCGGCAUCGGGCUUACCGAGGGCUGGAUUGCUGGACUGGGCAAGGAAGAUGCCCCCGGAGAUGGCGGCUACCGGCUCGUUGGAACCUACGUCAAGAGCCCACUGUGCUGGGCUAUCUCGACUGGUUCCUCCCGUCCUGAAAUCACAUCCGUUGAAUCGUUGAAAGGCGGGAAGAUCGGCGUCUCGAGAAUAGGAUCCGGCAGCUACGUCAUGGGCUACGUCCUAGCCGACCAGCAGGGAUGGCUUACGCCUUCCAACUCGGAACCCUUCUCCUCUACUGUCGUGCUCAACAAUUUCCAGAACCUCCGCAAUGCGGUCAAUUCCGGAGAGGCUGACUUCUUCAUGUGGGAGCACUUCACGUCCAAGAAGUACUAUGACUCGGGUGAGAUUCGCCGUGUCGGUGAGAUUUACACGCCCUGGAGUAGCUGGAAGAUCGUUGCCUCAACCAAACUUGUCAGCGACGACGGCUCAACCUUUGACCGGAGAGUGCAGGAUCUGUUUGAGAAGUUGGACGAAGGUAUUGCGCACUUCAGGGCCAACCAGGAGGAAGCUGUCAAGUACAUCAGCACAAACUUGGACUACUCUGAGGAGGACGCUCGGGAGUGGUUGAAGACGGUGACGUUUGUGGAGAAGACUGAAGGUGUCGAGGCUAAGGUUGUGGAGGACUGUGUCUCCAUUUUGCAGAAGGCUGGCGUUCUCGAAGCAGGAAAAGGAAGACAGCCUGCGGCUAUGGUAGCUUCUCGUUCGUCAUAG